UAAUACAUUAUGUCAGGAAAAGCGAAUACUGCUGUGAAAUUUUAAAAUUGGCAAAACAACAUGAAUAAAAACAAACCGUUUGGUAAACAAUGUUCAGGUCGUUAUCACAAUACGAAACACUUUGGAUUCUUGCCAAAUUUUUGAUGGGAGUCUCCCAGUCAUGCCAAGUUUUGCAUUCGGGAGGAAAAACACGGGUCCACAUUUUCGGUACAAAAUCAUCGUUAUUUUGAUCAUCAAAGCUCAAUUCUUCCUCUGAAUACUCAGAAUUAUCGCUAAAAUAUCGCUGCUUUCAUCGCCGUUUCUUUAAUUUGGAUCAGACAUCUAAAAACUACAUAUUUUCAACUAAUUAGACAACAAGAAUCAUGCGAAAAUCCUCCAUAUUUAUUAGAAAAUCCGCGCGAUUUGCUCGAAAACUCACCACAAAACGAUCGAUGUUUUCACUUCGAUUUGACUUCAAAAAUACGAUGCCUCGAUUCCAUGAUGGUUUGUUAAUAUAAACAAAGCUUUUGAUUCRUCKAGAAAACAAAAGAACAUGGGUUUUUGACCAAUCAAAAGCGAUGGCUCAAGUGGGCCGAUCUAAUCGGCUCUUGGCAAGACUAGGUAUGUCGUGCGGGCCGAUUAGAUCGGCCCUUGGCAGCAAUAGGGUUUUAAGACAGUCAGAAAAUUAUCAUUAAUGCUAUCCAUAAACAAAGUAGACAAAACUUUCAAGAAACAGAAAUGCUCGUUCAGUACAUAUUUCUUCUGCUUGCYGCCUUUCAAGCUGUUUUCUCGGAGCAGAAAAUACGAGGCAACGAAAACGACAUUUCCUUUGUAAACUUCGUUCAUCACGAGAACUUCAAACUAUCUGGAACUCCCCUGAAGAAGGUAGCUUUGAAGACUACAUUGGAUUGUCUUUGGGAGUGUAAUGGCGAGUCGCGUUGUGUUUCAUUGAAUGUGAACACAAAGAACGAUUCCCAAGGGUUGUUUGAGUGCAAUUUGCUGGAGUUUGACAAGUACGAACAUUUUGAAAACUUCACUGCAGUAGAUGGAAUCGAUCACUAUACCCUUCCGAUUAACUACUUCACAGUGUAUGAAAACUGUGCCGUGGUCAGCAAAACUGAGAAAAACGCAGCGAGUGGUGUCUUCCUUAUCAAAACCAGUCCUUCACGGUCAAUUCACGUUUAUUGUGACAUGGUAACCAGUGGUGGAGGCUGGACUGUUAUCCAGAAACGUCUUGACGGCUCCGUUGAUUUUUUCCGUGACUGGGCCGGUUACAAGAAAGGGUUYGGUAACAAGUCCGGAGAGUACUGGUUGGGACUGGACGCCAUUCAUGAUAUGACAUCACAAGGAAGCUACCGACUGCGAUUUGACUUGGAAGAUUUCGAUGGAAACAAGAGAUAUGCUGAGUACGAUUCGUUUAUUGUGGCUGGUGAAUCAGACAACUACACGCUUACUGCUGGAGCCUACUCAGGUAAUGCUGGGGAUAGUCUUGCUUGGCAAAAGAACAUGGAAUUUACCACCAAAGAUCGUGACAAUGACCUGAGAUCGUAUGCGAACUGUGCUCAAGAAUAUACUGGUGCCUGGUGGUACAAUGAUUGUCAUACAAGCAACCUUAAUGGACUGUAUAAUAAUACAGAAUACGGUAAAGGUGUCAUUUGGUAUGCCUUCAGGGGUGUUUAUUACUCAAUGAAACGAGCGGAGAUGAAAAUUCGGCCAAAUGACUUUUAGUGGAGAUCCUGCAAUAGGAAGUGUUGAGGAAUGGGUGUGUUUUUUUUCUGUGCUUAUAAGCGAUCAUAAUUUACAAUACACACUUAUUUAAAACAUUGUCGUCGCCAGGACACAGUCCACGGUAUUGAGCCUGCAAAGAAACUUCCUCAUAAUGUCCCAAUAAAAAUGAAUCAUUUCCACACCAGUUUCUGUCUUGUAUUUCUCGCGAAUAUAACUUUUAGGUCACUUACGGUUUGAAAACGUGGAACAUUUUUCACAAAGAAAAAUGUCUCAUUAGAGCGAGACUUGCUCGAUGGGUUUAAUACCCGCAGUAGUAUAUUAGUAGUGUAUGCCGCCAUUGAAUUCAAACCACAUAGGAAAAUAUAUUUUGAAUUCUGUAUAUUAAUUACUCAUGGAAAUCCCGAGAUUCUUUGCAGGCUCAAGACUGUGGACUGUGUCGUGGUGACGACAAUGUUUUUUGUAAUAGGUGUAUAUCGACACCUUGCAGUUUAUGGGGAUGCAUCUUCAACUGGAGGACAAAACAAUGGAUUUAUGUUCUCUAGAGGGGAAAAUAUWUUUGUUUUGUUCCCCAGACGAAGCUCAUUGACGUCAUAUGCGAGGGAUCUCUAAAUGGACAAGAUUCGUUUAAUCAAUUUUUUUGUUUGYAUGACAGCUGGUAUAGAUAAUCAAUCGAAAUAGUGUUCUAUUGCAGAAAAUUGCGCACGCUUAUUAGAGACACCGCUCAACAGUUAACUUAAUAUUUGUCGUUUUUCGUCAUUUAUCUCACUGUAAAUCAUAAUUAAGUCGUUCAGAAUUUCUUUGUACGCAGGCAUUUGUUUAUAAAUGAAGACUGCUUCUUCUCCGUAUCUAAGGUUUUUAAUCUUCAAAGAUUAAAAACCUUAGAUACGCAGAAGAAGCAGUCUUAUAUUUAUAAACAUAAAGUCGUUUACAACAUUUGCGACCGUGUGAUUCCCAUGCAACAUAGCCACUUAUGUUGUAAACUCUACAUAUACCAAAAGUUUCACAAAAUGGCUCAAAACAUGGAAAAGAGCGCGAGAAAAAGACCUUAAAAUCAUGUAUCACAUGCACCUGCUACAAGUUGACACCUGCAGUGUUGGUCAUCAGUAUUCUGCAAUCAUUUUAGGCCAUGAUUGAUAUGUUAUUGUUUGAUUAGAAAAUGUAAUUAAGAAGACUUAAUUGUGCUCCAGGUUUUCAUCACGUUAUAUGUCAGUACUCCAAUAUURUAUUGAAUAAAAAAAUUUGCAAU